AUGCAGGUCGAGGUCAAUGAGAACGAAGACACGGAGUGGAACGACAUCCUCCGCCAACAUGGCAUCAUUCCCGAGAAACCGAAGGACCCGGAGCCUCUCAUCCAGGAAGCCCUGAUCGAAGCCGAGCGCAGAGCACAUGAGAACCGCCUGGAAGAUAAGGACCUCGAUGAAUUGGAUGCUCUCGAAGAUGAAGAGGACGAGGCAUUCCUGCAGCAAUACCGUCAAAAACGGCUAGCCGAACUCUCAACCCUCCAGCAAACCAGCCUCUUCAACCAAGUCUACCCGCUUCAGAAAGUCGACUAUGCGCGGGAGGUGACGGAGGCCUCGAAGGGGGCCUUUGUGCUGGUGAACCUCACCUCGCAGGGCGGGAAUGUCGAGUCGCAGGUCCUGACCGAGCUGUGGCGGCAGCUGGCUGUCAAGUUCGGAGAUGUCAAGUUCUGUGAGAUCCGCGCCGACAUGUGCAUUGAGGGAUAUCCGGAGCGGAACACGCCGACGAUCCUGGUAUAUAAGGACACGGAGAUUCGGAGACAGCUGGUUACCUUGCGUGAGCUGAAGGGUCCACGCACGAAGAUUGAAGAUAUCGAGCGUCUGCUCGUCGAGCUGGGCGCCGUGAAAGAAAGUGACGUCCGUCUGAAGAAACGGUCUGACGAGGACGACAAGGCGGGCGACGAUGACCUCAACAUUGAAGAUUAUGAUGAUGACUGGGAUUGA